AUGGAGAUGGCAUUUGAGAAAGUCAGAUGGAGUUCUUUAUUGAGAAUUUUGGAGAAACAUGGUUUUGGGAGGAAAUGGAUUUCAUGGAUUAGGUGGUUCAUAUCUUAUACAAAUAUAUAUGUUCUUGUGAAUGGAAGUUCUACUGAAAAGUUUAAACCUACUAAAGGUUUGAGGCAAGGAGGUUCUUUAUCUCCUUUUCUGUUUUUGUUGGUGGUGGAAAUCUUGUCAAAGCUUAUUGAUGAUGCAAUUUUGAGGAAGCAGAUAAAUGAUGAUACUUUGCUUUUUGUGGAUCCUAAGGAGGAAGAGGUAAGAAGAUUUCUGCUUAUACUUAAUUCUUUUGAGCUUUUGACAGGAAUGAAGUUGAAUUUGAAGAAGAGCACAAUGAUUAGUGUAGGAGCAUAUGAAGUAGUUGAUUCUCUAGCACUGGAAUUGGGUAGUAAGGUGGAGAAACUUCAAUUUAAGUAUCUGGGGUUUCCUAUUGGUGCAACUGCUAGAUGCACUUCAGUUUGGGAUGAAGUUAUCAAAAGAAUGGAGGUGAAAUUAACUUCUUGGAAGAAGAAAUUUAUUCCUAAGUCUGUAAGCUUGAUUUGUAAGCCAAAAUUCUUAGGUGCUUUAGGAUUUAUGAAUUUGAAGUGUACCAGCAAGGCUCUCAAAGCUAAAUGGGUAUGGAGAUAUGCAAAUGAGAAGAAAGCUUUAUGGAGGAAAGUGGUUCAGCAAAAACUCAAAAAUGGUGAAGAUGUUUUUUUACCUACUAAUGAUGAUACUUCCCAGGGGAGAAGUAACUGGAAAGGUAUUUUUAAGUCUUCUGAAUUUAUGGAUGGACAUAUAAGUUUUAAACUGAAUAAUGAGAAAUCUAUAAGAUUCUGGCUAGACAAUUGGACAAAUACUGGUCAUGUAAAUAGGAUGAAUGGGGAAGCAGAUGAUGUGGAGAUUAUGGGAGGAUUUCCAGUUAAGAAGUGUUAUGAUAUGUUAGUACAAGAGGAUGUUGUUUGUGACUUCAAUAAGUACUUGUGGAAGAAUGGUAUUCCUCCAAAUAUGAGUUUCUUAAUUUGGGUAAUAUUUCAUGAUUCUUUGCCAACUUAUGCAAUGCUCAGUCACAUAGGAAUGCACUUUGAUGAUGUGAGAUGUUCUUUAGGCAAAGGGGAGUAG